UUAGUGAUUUUACACUGUCACUAAAACUAUCAUACAAUUUUUUUUACUCAAUACCUUAUAUAAACACAUGAUUUAAAACUAGAAUACCUUAAUACUUUAUAGUAAGUAAAAAGAAAAAUAGUUUACUUCUAAUUAAGAAAAAUAUGAAGUUUGUUCUUGUAACAAGUCUGUUUUGUGUCUUUCUCAAAGUACAAGCUUCCGCUGAUGAUGGCACCUUAGUUCAAACUGAAAGGGGUAUGAUUAGAGGGCAUAUUCUCAAAAGUGAAAAUGGAAACAAUUAUUAUGCUUUUCAAGAAAUACCAUAUGCUGCUCCCCCAGUUGGAGAAAAUAGAUUUCAAAAUCCCAAACCUCCAAAUGCUUGGCCUGGAAUUUUGGAUACAACAAAAAAUACCAAAGUUUGCUACCAGACUGUUGUUAAGUAUAGUAACCUAGAAAUUAGCGAAGACUGCCUAUAUGUCAACGUGUACACCCCUCAAAAACCUGGAUCUGCCGAUCUUCUACCCGUGUUACUCUGGAUACAUGGUGGAGCAUUCCAAAACGAAUCCAGUACUUAUGAGUUUUACGGUCCGAAGUAUAUUAUGGAUCAUGGCGUUGUUGUGGUUACUUUUAACUACAGAUUGGGACCAUUUGGAUUUGUUGGUACCCAGGACGGCGUGGUUCCUCUUAAUCUCGGUUUAAAAGACCAGCGAUUUGCUAUAGAAUGGGUUAACAGAAAUAUUCAUCUAUUUGGUGGAAAUCCAGAACAUGUAGUGCUAGUUGGUGAAAGUGCUGGAUCCAGGUCUGUCGGAUAUCAUCUAAUGGGGCCAUGGGAGGGAGAAAAACAGCUUUUUCAUGGAGUUAUUAUGCAAAGUGCGUCACCAAUUUCAGGAGGUAGAACGCAGGAUUUAGGCACCACAACAGAAACUGCCUUGGAAUUGGGUAGAAGGGUAAAUCCGUCGUUUGAUUCUAACGAUACUAAACAACUUCUGCAUGUACUGCAAAACGCUGAUGCCAAAGAUAUAAUUUAUUCCGGUAUAGCUGGCGGCCUUGCUGUUGAAGAUUCCGGUCCAUUUUCAUACCCAGGUUUUCAAGCGUUUUUGGAUGGAAACUACAAAAAGGUUCCUGUUUUAAUUGGAUUUAAUUCAGAGGAAUGGGGCUUCAUAGCUUUCGAAACCAGCGAACAAACUUUGGAGGAAUUAGAUCUAAAUCCUAGUAAACUGGUCGUGAAUGGGCUCAAUACUUCUCCAGAAAACAGACCAAUCGCUGGAGAAUUGUUAAAAGAAGUAUAUACACAUAAUACAAGCUUUGCAGGAAAUAUGGGCUAUUUCGUAAGGUAUAGUAGUGAUACCAUGUUCACCACAUCAACAUGUAAACAAGUUGAAUUAGCAUCAACGGUAGUGCCUUACUACUUCUACCAGUUUUCCUACAAAGGAUAUUUAGGACAAGCUAUGGACAUGGUACCAAAAUUUCCACCAGGUUGUGAGAAGGUUGUUCAUUCUGAAGAUCUGCACUACAUGUGGGAUAAUGGUAACAACAGUGACCUUAGUAAAUUCCCCGAAGAAGAUCGUUUAAUGUUACACCAAUACGUUGUUUUGUGGACCAAUUUCGUAAAAUAUUUCAAUCCCACGCCUGUACAAGAUCCUUUGUUAAAUAAUUUCAUCUGGUUACCUUCAGAGCCCAAAACUCUUCGAUAUAUGAACAUCAACACAACAUUUGAAAUGCUUGAACAGCCAAGACAAUAUCCUCAAGUAAAGCAGAUAUUAGAGAAGUACAUGGAACCACCUUACAAUAUAUUUUCUUAAAAAUUACAUGUGGUAAU